UAUACAGUGCCACAGUAGGCAUCUAAAAUGGCGGCUAUGUCUGACGUCCUGAUUAGGUCGCACUGAGAGAGUCGUAACAUGAUGAGGGACCACUGACGUCAGACUGACCCCAAAGAUAUAUUAAUAAGUGGUCAGUGGAAACCCCCGCAGUAUCAUAAUGGGGGAGAAUGUCAUGUACAACCAGUUCUUGUCCGGGGACCAUGGGAUGAUAACUGGGUGUCCGAACUUAGUAUUGCUGUUUAUCGUCCUGCUGUUUUUAGUAGGGACUAUCGUGCUGGUGGCCUGUCUCAGUAAAAAAAAGAAGAAGGUUGAACCGGCAGUCAACACUGAUGAGCCCGUGAAGUCAAAGGAAGAGGACCCGAAUGGGAACCAUGAUGUUGUGGAUGAUAUCGCAGAUGAAAUUGAUAAAUUUGCGGAACAGAAAAAGAAAAUGGCGCUUUAUCUCAGCUAUCUCAAUACGCGAGACGGGGAAGGACUCGCUAAUGCCAACACAAGACGCUUCUUGAUCGCCACAAAGGGGCGUAACGUGGUCAAUAACCCGAACUUCGAGAAUGAGAUCGAGGAGGCGAUAGAUGAGGACCAAGUUGAAUACCUAGAGAAGCGUCGUCGCGCCAUGGUUAACCAGCUCAGCGGCGUAAUGGGCAAAGAAAAAAUGAAGAACAAACAGCGCCAACGAAGACGUGACAAUUUCAUGUGAGGCAGCCUCAGCCUGGGGUCUUCGGAAUUCCAAUUGAUAUGUGAUAUUUGCGAUGUAUCUGAUUACAUUUAAAUUAUUUUCUACGUUAUUAUGAAUUUUCAUUUGUCUUGUAAACUAGCAUUGACCAACAGAAAUACUGGGAUAAAUAUCUUUGGAAUAUUUCGUAUUUGUUGUUGGUGUAAACAUGAUGCGAUACGAUGCCUGCUGUAGACUUUUAGUUUUUGCAGUCAAAAUGGAAAUAUGAAAGUGUAAACUUAAAGUUUCAGCUAGAGCUCAAAGAAAUUGCUUAUCUACCGUGACCUUAUCAGUACGCAUCUGUACACAUUUCCAGUGCUUCCGUGAAUCAAUGAUAAUGUCCGUUUAACCAAAAACAUAAUACAUUAACUUAGUUUAAUCAAGUCAUGAGCAAAAUGGAGGAAUGCCAACAACUUCAAGCUGCCGUGUCCCUCUUUCAACACAGGUUGUCCCCCUUUCAACACAGGCUGUCUCCUCUCCCACAAAGUCACUCAAUAUAGUACAUAAAGUCCCCUGGUCAUUCGGCUGUGUGCAUUGGCCUGCUGCAAUAUUAACUGACCACACUUUUAUAUCGUAAGAGGUUUCAAGUUGGUAGUAAACCAUGGCAAUGAUUAAAAAUGCGUAUUAUAAACUUAACUGCUGAAUAAAGGAUAAAUAAAUGAGUUAACCGUUUACUUGUAAUUUGUUUUAACACCCCCCAUUAAAACGUUUGAUAACUAUGAUAUGAAUAAAACAAAA